AUGCUGAUCGAAAAUUCCGUACUCACUGCGCACGAACGAUGCACGGCUCGUCCGGUGCUCACUUUGAUGGAUCGACAGCCGACGGCUCAGGUCGCGCACCGCAUGAGGCAAACCGAGCCUGUUCGCAGCUGUGUCGGCGCGCCCUACACACUAGCGCAUCGUGGCGCGCCGAGGCUGCCUCGUUCGGAAGUGUUGUCGAUAAAAUUGACAACUUUGGAUAUUAGCGAUGCGUUUGGCAAAAAACAAAUAAAUAAGAGAUGGCAAAUUGUUAAAGAAUUAGUGACAUUCUCUGUUAACAAAGACAUUUUAAACAAUGCGUUCAAACUUAACGGAUCCGGUAUAGCCUUAGCGCAUGAUUUAGCACCGCAAGAACAGGAGAUACAAAAAUACCUAUACAAUCAUGUGAAAUCAGUCAAAGGAAAACAUCGUGAUACAAAAAUCCGUAAUAAUAAACUAAUUGUUGAAGAAUUAAAAAAACAGGAAGACGUUGCAGAAAAAUCGAAAGAAGGUGUGAACGCUGCCAGCUCGGAAAUAUCAAAAUUCCGAAAAAAGAAAGCCAGGCGCGGAGGAAGAAACGCUGGUAGAAUAUGUUUCUUCAACCAGUAUCCCGGUCACAAACACAACCAGAUGCCAUCUCUAGCAGUGGGACCCGCUACAAGAUCAUCAUCAGCUGCUAAAACCAAAGCAGACGUCUCUGAGAAGAGCACCCCACCAUCAAAGAAAAAUAAUCGAAGAUGUAGGCUGUGA